GCCAUCUAUCAAUGAUUGGUCGAACCGCAAGUGAAAAGAGAGCUGCAGGUGUUUCAUGGCAGUACUGCAUGUUUGUCAUCUUCCAUUAAGGCCCCGUUAUUAUAUAUUCUCAUAUUUUGUAUGUGAACAUGGAUUAUGUGUAGAAAAAUUAAAUAAAUUAAUAAAAAUUAUAUAUGAACAUUAAUAAGUUUUAUGAAUAAUCAGUGUGUGUUAAUUAGUGAGGUACGAGCCUUGUUUCUUGAAUUAUAAAUAUAGGCACAUAUUUCCGAAGUCACUGGCAUGUGUACCGUUACUUGUGGCUACGUGUAAAGUUAGUUUUUAAAGAGGAAUCGCUGUGCUAUGUUUUGAACUGAUUUAAGUAAUCCAUUUGGCUAUCAAUCAUGAAUUUCACUCCAUUCACGGGGCAGUUUGCCGGUACAAUACCAACUGGUGCUGUGCAUCAGUUUGCAACCGCUAAAUUUGCACAGAACAUAGCAUCAGCCAAUGGACAAGUUUUGGGAGUUCUCUCUGGGGGUGAGGGAGGUGUACAUUAUCUGAGACCAGUCGAUGGUACUAACUUUGCUACAAAUCAAGUCCCUACGUCUAAUACUCAAACUCUCAUAACCUUGCCUAUAACUAUGCCAGGAUCUAAACCAGGUGAACCUCAACAAACUGUUCAGAUACAAGUAGUGAAUACAAAUGCUGCCCAACAAGUACAGCAACCAAAAUAUCAAGUUGCUCAGAUGCAUUUACCUUUACAAACUUUUCAACAAGGCACAACAGUAUUGACAGUUGCAUACAAUCCACAAGAAGGAGGAGAUGGAGUGCAAAUUCUUGGUAACCAAGGCCUGCCCGAAGAUAAUUAUGGAGCUGAUUUUAAUUAUAACUGGAACACAGGCAUGACGGUGGUUGCUGCUAUUCAACCUCAGGACUUGCAACUUUUGGCCAAUAGUGGUUUAAGUAUUCAAAAUUGUGAACCGCAAGAAGAGGAAGAAACUGAAAUUAAAGAUGAGACUGUAAUAAAACAAGAAAUAAAAGAGGAAAUUGUACAAGAGAUAAGCAACAAUACAACGGCUUCUAGUAGUGCCACAACAACAAGUAUUACUCAGAUGCCCCCCGGUUGGCAGUCGAUUGUUUCUGCGCCGGGUACCGAUUUAGCCGAAUAUCUAAAUCGUUUGCCAUCACAGACCCUGCCGCUGUCUCUGCACCAUUUUCUCAAGUUCUCGGCCGAGACUAUUAAGAGGGAGUCACUGGUGGAGAGUUCGCCCCUGUGUGGCGCUUUGCCUGAAACCCAUAUCCUGCCAGAUAAUAAUGCUCAGGAGGAAGCAGAAACUCAAGAAGACGGUUCAACAGAUAAACCCAAGCGUAAAAAGAAAUACAAGAAGAAACCUCCAAAACCAAGGCGACCAAAACCAGGACAAGUACAAAUUGCAACUGCUCUGGACGGCACCACAUUAUUUUGUUGUCCAGAGUGUCACAUGGCCUAUCCAGAGAAAGAAUGUUUAGAACAACACUUAGUUGGCCACAAAAUAGAACGUCGUUUUAUUUGUGAUAUAUGUGGUGCAGGUUUGAAACGAAAAGAACAUUUGGAACGGCAUAAAUUAGGACAUAAUCCUGAUCGACCGUUUAUUUGCUCUAUUUGCAUGAAGGGCUUCAAACGUAAAGAACAUUUGAAUUUACAUUUUGUUAUACAUUCGGGAGAGAAGACUGAAGUUUGUGAAGAAUGUGGCAAAGGUUUUUAUAGAAAGGAUCAUCUAAGAAAACAUGCACGUUCCCAUGUUACAAGGAAAUUGAAAGAACAAAUGAUGCUGCAAUCCCAACAGUCCGCUGCAAACCAGCAACAACCUACAGAAGGCAAUAGCAAUACUUCAGAAAUGCAACAACCAACUCAACAUUCUAUAACCUUACCAAAUAAUGUAACUAUUCAGGUACCUACAAGUAAUUUACCAUUACCUGUACAAAUCACUGUUCCACAAUUAAUACCAUCUCCGAAUCCACAUGAAGAGAACAUUGUAAGUUCAGAAAGUACUUCCCCCAACAUGAGCACAGUUGUAUUACCUUCCGCUGCUGAAACAGGAGCAAUGAGUUUGAUGCAUCGCCACUGAUACAAGACACCAAAAGAAUUUAAAGUUGUUUCUGAAAAUGUAAGAAAUAAGUAGUUUUAUAUUGACUUCUCAUUACAUUUUUAAAAUUGUGGUGUAGGAUUUUA